UGGGUGUCACCGGGUCCCCAAUGCACGGCUAACUUCGCAAAAAUCCGACAGGAGAGAGAGAGUGGAAGGCGGGUUUUCUAGUCACUGUCCAUAUAGUUUAGGAAGGGAAGAGUUUCUGAAGAUUCUCAGGACGAGACACUAGUCCGGAGUACGCGUCUGAAUAGGAAUAGUAACGCCGCGGGACUCAUGGGAGGUGGUGAGGUUACAAGGGCGGGGUUCACCAUGAUUUGUGCCUUGCUAUCGAUUUGCAGUUUCUCUCAUUGUGGUGCUUUAGCCAGUCUUUAUCGAGACAUGAAAGUUUUAGUGGGAGAGGAAAUGCUACUAGAGUGUCACAGCAACCUCAGCAACAUAAAUUCUGUAGACUGGUAUGUAAAUCACUCUUCCACGCAAACUCCAAUUGCCAGCUGGAAUCCAGGAGGUCAACCUGAAGUCUAUGUGCCAUUGAACAAAAUGCGAGACAAACUGGUCACACCAAGUGGAGACCUGAGUAUAGCAGAAGUGGAUCGUUAUCAUGCAGGGGUUUACACAUGCAUUGUUAUAGGUGAAAAUGGUGUAGAGUGGAAAAUUCAGUACAAUGUAGUACUAGUAUUCAAGGGUUCAACAACUUUGGAAUCAGCUUUCCAAGAUGUUACUGGUUCAACUCCAAAUCCAAAGGUCCAAGGUCUCACAAGUCCUGCAACUCCAUCAGUUGGGACAAGUCUCUUUGCCAGCUUCAAGAUAAUUUUUUGUCUUAUAUGGAGUGGCCUUGGCAUUUUAUAUUUGGCCAGCAACUGAUUAAGAAAAACUUAAGUAACAUUUUAAAUAGUAUUGAAAUUAAGACUUAGUAGCUUUUCUCAUCUGUAAGUCAUCUAGAUUGUGACCACUGACUAGGGCCCAAGUCCAUUUGAAGGAAGAAAAUAGCUUGCUUCCUGGUCAACAGUUUAAGGAUGACCUGAUGAGAAGAGCUAGAGAGUCUAAUUUCAGCUUGUUCACAGUGUCUGUGUAAAAAAAUCUCUCAUUAUCAAUGUGCACUUCACUGGGAUUGCAAGAAAUGGUUUACCAUGGUACUAAUUGCCCUUAUACUUAUUGGAGGUAGGGGUGCAAAACCAACCUGAUAAUAUGAAGAAAAAAGUGCUUAGCUUCAAGAAAAAGGACUGUUUCUUUUCCAAUUCAACCUGUAUUUAAGUCACCAGUUUGUAAGUUCAAGCGCAAUUAGUAGCAUGGUUCUCCUCUGCCAGAAAUUUAUAGUAUUCAUCCACUUGAAGGCAAUAGGUCAACCAGUUUUUCAUUAAAUGUGUUAUCUGUAUGGCAUAAAGUAUAAUGUAUGGUGAUAAAAAAUGGCCUUACUUUAUCCAAAAAGUUAAGAUGAAACUGAAUUUUUGAACUCAACCUGUAUUUUACUAAUAUUCAUAAAGCCCCUAAGGGACUAUUCCCAC